AUGGGCAGCUCGGGCAGUGAUUCGGAUAAUGCUGUCACGCCGGUCAGGAAUGGUGAUCAGGCGUUCUUCGAGAGUCUGCUGGGGGCCUCCGUCAGUUCUUGUGCCCCGCUCAAGGAAAUCGUCGAAAACCUGACGCACGUAGAGGGUCUCUGCAAAGAACUCCGCCACUGCGUACUCCCCGAUGUCAACGGUGUCAACCAGGCACUAAUGCAUGAUUGUAUGCUCUUUCGGACCAAGGAUCUCAAGCAUGACCCGACCACUGUCUUCAAGGAGUUCUACCCAGCCUCGAUGAACGACGUGCGUAUGUGGAACAUUCGGGAGAUGCGCAUCUGCAUCGAGUGGGGCAAGACGUUCGAGGCGUUCACAAGAUUGUCGAUUAACGAUCAGCUCUCCCUUGUGCGAAACUUUGCCUUCACCUUCAACCUCCUCAAUCGAGUAUUCUACUCCCCGGACCAUGGUCCCGACAAGAUUGUCUACCAAAAUGGAGCGUUCAUUUUGAGAGAACCUCAGCAACAGGUGCAACUGUCCGGUUGUCGCUUGAUCUACCCCCGGCAAAUGGACGAGAUCAUGAUCCCGUUCCGGAAGUUGAACAUCACCGAGGCGGAAUUUGCCACGUUUAAAGCCGCAUUCUUCUUUAAUCCAGACGCCCUCGACCUCUCCCAAAAAGCGAAAGAAGAGGUGGCCGACGAGCGGAACAAGUACCUCUCCGCCCUCUUCACCCUCAUCACCAACAAGCUCGGCAUCCCGUUGGGCGUCCAAAAGUACGGCUCGCUACUAAUGAUGACGGCCAGUAUACAGAACAUCAUCGCCCAAAACGAGGAGAACAUGCAGGUGAUGGAGCUGUUCAAGAAUUGGGAGGUCGACCCGUUCGUGAAAGAGCUCUGUAUGAAAAGAGCU